GCUAACUCCUGGAUUCCUUGGGGAGGAGGGGGCCGGGGGCCCGGAUUCCUGGGUCCUGGCACCCACCCGUAGAACCGACCUUGCGGGGCCUUCGCCACACACAAGCUCGUGUCUGUGGGUCCGUGUCGGGGGCUCACCAUCGCGGCUGGGGCCUCCCCGGCCCUCCCCACCCUCCCUGGCCCCCGUCUGUCCGUCCAUCCGUCUGUCUGUCCACCUGCCGCGCCCCCCGGGCUGAGGUAGGAGGUUGUAUAGUUGAGGAGGACACCCACGGAGAUCACUAUACGGCCUCCUAGCUUUCCCCAGGCUGCGCCCUGCACGGGACGGCCGGCGGGGACCCCUGACCCUGGUCCCCAGUCCCACCCCGCCAGGCUGGGGAGGGGAGCUGCCGCAGGGACCCUGGGAGGAGAAGCUGGGCUGUCCCUCCUGUCCUCAUCCCUACAUUCCUUCCUCCCCCUUCUCUCAAAGAGUUUCUCUCCCAUCAAGAAAUCUCUGCUUGGCUUUCUCUCUGUCUGUCCAUCCCCACUGAGUCUCUGCACAGUGGCCUCUGAGACCCUGUCUCCGUUGUCUCUUAUGGUGCUUUCUGGGUCUCUGACCUGCCUGAUGUCUCUCCGCGGCUCAGUUUCUGUCUUUCAGGCCCUCAUGGUGUCUCUGUGCCAUGUGCAUUUCUGCUGCCCCCCCCCAGCCCCACCCCAGGGCCUGGCGGGCCCCCCACACGCCACACUGCCGGCCUCUGGGUCCCUGAGACCCUUUAACCUGUGAGGACGUCCAGGGUCACAGGUGAGGUUCUUGGGAGCCUGGCAUCCGGCCCAACCAUCAGUCUGGGGCUUGCCGGCCCAACCCCUGACCCCUGACCCCAUACACCCUCCCUCCCUGAAAACCCUGAGCCUGACAUUGGACUGGAGCUUGAAACCUGACCUCUGACCCUGUGUCUUGAGCCCCUCCCCCGCACCUCGGUGACCUCACAAAAGUCUCCAGCUUCUCCCCAGGCUGAGACCCUCCGCCAUGGCCCUUCCGGCCCCAGCGAGCACCGUCUCGUCUGCCCUGGUGGCCCUCACGGUCUUCAGGGCCUCCGCCUGGGCCUGUCUCCUCUGCUUCACGUCUUACAACGAGCGCCUCCAGAUCUGCCAGAUCUUCGCCGGCCUGGAGAGCCCCGAGCUCGGGAAGUGUGAGGAGGCCUUCACAGAUGCCUUUAAGGGCCUCCUGGACACUGAAAUCAACUACGAUGAGAGGAGCCAGCUGCACGAUGCCUUCACCCAGAUGACCUACUCCCUGCAGGAGGUGGCUGCUGCCCAGGGAUCCUUUCGAGCUGCCUUUCCUCAUGCCGCAGAGAAAAUGCAGAAGAUUAUAUUACAGCUUAAAGAAGUCCAGGCCUGCAUCCCUCCCUGCGGACUCCAGGAGGUCGCCCGGCGUUUCCGCUGCCACGGGUGUUACUCCACGGUCUGCGAUCUCCCGCUGGACUGCCCAGUUCAGGACGUGACGGUGACCCGGGGUCAUCAGGCUCUGUUCUCUUGCACUGUGAACUUCCAGCUGCCUAAGGAAGAGAUUACCUAUUCCUGGAAGUUCGCAGGUGGUCUCCGGACUCGGGACCUGUCCUACUUCAGAGACAUUCCGCGGGCCCGAGGAUACCUGGCGCGGAUCCGGCCGGUGCAGCCCACGCACCGCGGGACCUUCUCUUGCGAGAUCACACACGAUCAGCGCCCCCUGGCGCGGCUCUACUUCUUUCUUAACGUGACGGGUCCGCCUCCUCGCGGAGAGACCGAGCUCCAGGUCUCUUUUCGGGAAGUGCUGCGCUGGGCGCCGCGGGAGGUGGAGGUGAUCGAGCCCUGGAGGCCCAGCCUGGGCGAGCUGCUGGCCAGGCCCGAGGCCCUGACGCCAGGCAAUCAGUGCCUGCUCGCGGCCGCUGUGGCCUUAGCAUCAGCCAGUGCGACCGUGCUGGCGUGGUUGUUCUUUCGAUGGUACUGCAGCGGCGACUAACAAAGUUCUCCAACCAGGGACUGAACCUGGGACCUCGGCAGUGAAAGCAUGGAGUCUCAACUGUUGGGCCAUCAAGGAAUUCCCAACAAUCCCCUAUUUUAGCUUGUGCAUAAUAUUCAUUCAGACCUAAUGUAAACUUACUUUUUAAGUUGAUUUUGUGUCUUCCCCACCUAAACGGUAAAUUCCUUUAUAAUACUUAUUCACUGAUGUGUUCCCCUUCACUGACUCAAUCAGCAAAUAUGUACUGAGUGCUUACUAUGUGCCAGGCAUUUUCAAGGCACUGUAGACACAGCAGUGGUGAAAUCAAAACAAAAAUCUGCACCCUCAAGAUAGGUGGAGGGGAUUAAGAGAUAUAAACUAUUAUGUAUAAAAUGAGCUACAGGUAUCUAAUGUAUGGCACAGGAAUAUAGCCAAUAUUUUAUAAUAACUUUAAAUAGAGUAUAAUCUAUAAAAAUAUUGAAUCACUCUGUUGUACACCUGAAACAUGCAAUAUUGUACAUCAACUAUACUUUUUAUUUUCAACAAAGCUUUCAUUGGGAGACAAUACCCUAAAAUUACCCAUAGAGAUAGUAUGUUGCUUCCUGAAAUCAGUACAAUUUUUGAUGUCUAAUCAUCUUUACCUCUUAAGGACAAAGGUCAUCUUUUCCUUUUAUAUACAUCUUUAUGGGAGUAUAAUUGCUUUACAAUAUUCUGUUAGUUUCUGCUGUACAAUAAAGUGAAUUAACUAUAUGUAUACAUAUAUCCCCAUAUCCGCUCCUUCUUGAGCCUCCUUCCCACCCUCUCUAUCCCACCCUUCUAGGUCGUAACAAAGCACCAGGCUGAUCUCUCUAUACUAUGCAGCAGCUUCCUACCAAUUUUACAUUUGGUAGUGUAUAUAUGUCAAUGGUACUCUCUCACUACGUCCCAGCCUCCCCUCCCCUCCACCAUGUCCUCAAGUCCAUUCUCUAUGUCUGUGUCUUCAUCAGCUAUAAUUUUUUUUUUAAAGUCUGCACCCUCAUGGAGUUUAG